AUGUCUCACAUUCGUAAAGGUUCAUCCGCAUCAAGUCCCGAUUUACGUAACAUAAAUGUGAAUUCAGGAAAUCCUUUGUCUGAUAUAUCUAAUGUUGAUAUAUGCAGCAACACUGACAAAGCUGAAGCUGUUCAAAGAACAAAAGCUAGAAGAAUAUAUUCCAACAGUAAAAGAUUCAAUACAACCUCAUCGCAGAGUCAAUCCACACUAAAUUAUUCAACUCAGAAUAAUAAAGAAAAUUUAAGUUCAUCCACAUCUCCCAUGUAUAACAGAUCAUUUUAUAGCCGUGGUAUAAACAUCAAUUUUUCUUGUGGUUUAUCAUCUUCGGAAAUUCAUAAUACGAAUCUUCCUUUUUCAACAUAUCCUUCACAUGAUAUUUCCAAUGUUUCUAUACGUAAUGUAGACAAGGAUGAGGCUGCAAAAAAAAGGAAGGCUAGACGUAUAUAUUUGAAUAGCAAAAGAUUGAAUAAAAAUUCAACACAGACUCAAUCGACAUUAACUUCUUAUACUAAAAAUAAAGAGAAUAUUAGUCCGAACACUACUUUUACGUUGAAUAGAUCAUCUUUUAGCGUCCUAUCAAGUAUCAAUGUCUCUUCCGGUUCAUCUAAAUUCAAUUCAGGAAACAUUGCAUCUUCCAGUGGUAUUCCAAGAAACAUUACAAGCAACUCAGCAUCAGACAUGAUACCUUCUUCAUCAUCUAGAAUUCCACCAAAUACUGUUCUAGCAUCAGACGAACCUUCACCAUUGAUAAGAAUGUCAUCAGGAAAGCGUAAAUUAGUAAGAAAACGACGAAACUUAACACCUAUACCUAUUAUUGAUUUGACAACAGAUAAUGAUAACGAGGUUGCUGUUAUCAUUGAUCAACAUUUAAAAGGUGUUUCAAAAGACUACUUGGAUCAUGGUGACCAGAUAAUCGUGUGUCGAACGUGUAACGCAAAGCUAUGGAAAGCAGAGGCGGAUAGGGGAGAACAUAAGCGAAAUAAACUUAACUAUUUCCUUUGCUGUUCAUACGGUAAAGUUUUGUUACCUGAUUUUAAGCAGCCUCCUGAAAUUUUGAAAGAUCUAUAUGUUGGCGUCAGUGCGAAGAGCAAAUUCUUUUUAAAAAACAUUCGGCGUUAUAAUUCUAUGUUCUCAUUUACAUCUAUGGGAGGAAGGAUUGACAAAACUAUCAACCGUGGAAAUGCACCUUAUGUCUUUCGAUUAAGUGGUCAAAAUUAUCAUACUAUUGGGAGUCUAUUACCUGAUGAUGGAAAUGAGCCAAAAUUCAACCAGUUGUAUAUAUACGACACAGAUAAUGAAAUAUUUAAUCGACAAAAUGCUGUUGGGGGCUCAAACACUUCUUUUACAAUAACUGAGUCAGCUUUUGAUGUUCAGAUCAUUGAGGAACUUACACUUAUGUUAGACACUAACAACGCUUUGGUUAAAAUUUAUCGACAAGCUAGAAACUGUUUAAAUGAAAACCCUUACAUUGACUUGAAGCUUUGUCUUAUUGGUAAAAGAUCCAAAGAUGGUAGGACAUAUAACCUUCCUGAAGCUUCUGAAGUUGCUGCAUUAGUUAUUGGAGAUCUGACUCAAGCUGUUGAGAAUCGUGAUAUAGUAGUGAAAAGAAGAUCUGGUCGGAUUGAGCGCAUAAGUGAAUUACAUCCUUCUUAUCUUUCUCUACAACACCCUCUUCUAUCUCCAUAUGGAGAAGAUAUGUACAGGGUUGACAUUCUUCAUAGAGGUCUCAAUCCAGACACGAACAGCAAACGUCCAAUGUGUACUAUGCGUGAGUUCUUUGCUUAUAGAUUACAAGAUCGUGUCGAUAAGUUUUAUGUGAUUCAUAAUGCAAAAAGACUUUUCCAACAAUUUGUUGUUGAUGCUUACACUAUGAUCGAGAGUGAAAGGUUGUUUUACAUACGGCGACAACAAACUCAUUUGAGGUCAGAAACUGUUCAGAAUAUUCAGAAUGCAAAUAAUGCUGGAAAAAAAGAUAUGUCAAAAAUUGGAACACGUAUCUUUAUUCCAUCUUCCUUCACUGGCGGUUCUCGAUAUAUGAUGCAAAAUUACUUAGAUGCAAUGUCUUUGUGCAAAUGGUUUGGGUAUCCAGAUUUUUUCAUCACUAUUACAUGUAAUCCAAAAUGGCCGGAAGUGCAAAGGUUUUUAAAAGAUACGACGAUAAGGCCUGGAGAUAGACCGGACAUUUUGUGUCGAAUUUUCAAGAUAAAACUAGAUUCCAUAACAAAAGACUUGAAAGAAGACAAGUUGCUCGGUAGAGUUAAUUCUGUUGUCUAUACUGUUGAGUUUCAAAAACACGGACUUCCUCAUGCACACAUAUGUGUAUUCAUGCAUUCUGACAGCAAGAUACUAUCGGUUGACCAACUAGAUCCAAUCAUUUCUGCCGAAAUUCCAGACAUAGCCGAGGAUCCAGAGUUAUAUAAACUUGUGGCAGACUACAUGAUUCAUGGUCCGUGUGGUCCUCUCAAUAUGAAUUGUCCUUGCAUGAUCGAUCACAAUAGAUAUGUUGUUCCAUAUAGUAAAGUGCUGUUAAAAAGAUACCAGGCGCAUAUUAACGUUGAAUGGUGCAAUCAAGUUGGUUCUAUCAAAUAUUUGUUCAAGUACAUUAACAAAGGCCCAGAUAGAACUACUCUUAGAGUUGUUGAAAGUGGAAAUCAGGAUGAGCAGGAACCUGUAGUCGAUGAGAUAGAAAAGUAUUACGAUUGCCGGUAUAUUUCUGCAUGCGAAUCUGCUUGGAGGAUCUUUUCCUAUGAUAUUCAUUAUCGAUAUCCCGCAGUUAUUCGAUUGCCGUUCCAUUUACCUGGUCAGCAAAACGUAGUAUAUGGCGCAGACGAUGACAUUGACGAGGUUCUUAACAAACCAUCUGUUGCUUCUACUAUGUUCUUAUCUUGGAUGAAGUGUAACGAAAGAUUACCUAAGGCACGUAAUCUUACUUAUGUUGAGUUUCCAUCAAAGUUUGUUCGCAGUUGGGAUAUAAGGAAACGACAUCCUUUAAUCGGUAGGAUUCAUUCGGUGUUUCCUUCAGCUGGUGAAGCAUACUACCUCAGAAUAUUAUUGAACAAAGUAAAGGGACCAAAAUCUUUUGAAGAUAUUCGUACUGUAAAUGGUACUUUGUAUCCAACUUUCAGGGACGCAUGCUAUGCGCUAGGGCUUUUGGAUGAUGAUAACGAGUACAUUGAAGCUAACAAAGAAGCUAAUUUGUAUGGAAGCGCUACUUAUCUACGGACGUUAUUUGGAACAAUGCUGAUGUCUGGUAGUUUGUCUAGACCUGAUUUUGUAUGGGAGAAAACAUGGACGUAUUUAUCGGAUGACAUUUUAUAUAGACAAGAAAAACAUUUAAAUGUUGAUGAUUUAAAUUACUCUGACGAAGAAAUAAAGAAUUUGGCAUAA